ACCAACCAUAAAUAAACUAGGGUGCAACUACAGAAUAAUAUCAAAUUUUCAUAAAUUUCAAACACCAAUUUGAAUACUUUUGAUUUUUUUCUGACGUAAACUAGAUUUAUAAAUUGGUUAUGCCAAAUCAUCAAUUGAAAAAAUCGUUUUUUACCUGAGUUUACAGUUAGGUUACGUGGAUCCAGUUUGAACCAGUAGAUUUCAGUUAACAACUAGUGAAAAGUGACUUUCCUCGAUCUCUUGUUGAUCAGCUAUUAGGCUGACACCGCGCCAUUUUGCUUUACGAACACGUUUUUGGGUUUAAUAGACAGUAAAAACACUUAUUAAUAUAUAAAAAUGUCUGGAGAAGAAACAUCGGCCGAUAGGAAUGUAGAAAUAUGGAAAAUAAAAAAACUCAUCAAAAGUUUGGAAUUGGCAAGGGGGAAUGGAACGAGCAUGAUUUCCCUUAUAAUUCCUCCUAAGGAUCAGAUCUCUAGGGUUAGUAAAAUGUUAGCCGACGAAUUUGGUACUGCUUCUAAUAUAAAGUCUAGGGUAAAUAGGCUUUCAGUACUUGGUGCCAUUACUUCUGUGCAACAUCGUUUAAAAUUGUAUACAAAAGUACCCCCGAACGGUUUAGUAAUAUACUGUGGAACAAUUGUCACAGACGAAGGCAAAGAAAAAAAAGUAAACAUAGAUUUCGAACCGUUCAAACCAAUAAAUACCUCGUUGUAUCUAUGCGACAAUAAGUUUCACACGGAAGCUCUAACUGCUCUAUUAGCGGACGAUAACAAAUUCGGUUUUAUCGUAAUGGACGGUAAUGGCGCCCUGUUCGGUACCCUCCAAGGAAAUACCAGGGAGGUACUACAUAAAUUCACUGUCGAUUUACCCAAGAAGCACGGCAGAGGGGGUCAGUCCGCUUUGCGUUUCGCCCGUCUCCGGAUGGAAAAAAGACACAAUUACGUGAGAAAAGUCGCCGAAGUCGCCACUCAAUUAUUCAUAACGAACGAUAAGCCGAAUAUAGCCGGUCUUAUACUGGCCGGUAGCGCGGAUUUCAAAACCGAGCUCAGUCAAUCCGACAUGUUCGAUCCGAGGUUGCAAGCUAAAGUUAUAAAAUUGGUGGACGUAUCCUACGGCGGAGAAAACGGUUUCAAUCAAGCGAUCGAACUGGCGGCGGAAUCUUUGCAAAACGUCAAAUUCAUCCAAGAAAAGAAGUUGAUCGGUAGAUAUUUCGACGAAAUUAGUCAGGAUACGGGCAAAUAUUGUUUCGGGGUGGAAGAUACUCUUCGGGGUUUGGAAUUAGGCGCCGUUGAGACGUUAAUCUGUUGGGAAAAUUUGGAUAUACAAAGAUACGUUCUGAAAAAUCACAAUACCGGUUCCGAUACUAUAUUACAUUUGACGCCCGAACAGGAGAAGGACAAAUCUCAUUUUACGGAUAAAGAAACUGGGGUAGAAUUGGAAUUGGUGGAAUGUCAACCGUUAUUGGAAUGGUUGGCGAAUAACUACAAAAAUUUUGGUGCCACUUUAGAAAUUAUUACGGAUAAGUCGCAGGAAGGGUCUCAGUUCGUUCGAGGAUUCGGUGGUAUCGGAGGGAUUCUUCGAUACAAAGUAGAUUUUCAGUCGCUACAAGCCGACGAACCUCUGGAUGAUGUAGAUCUUGAUGAUUAUUAAAAAAAAAAAUCAUGAAAAUCUACUUCAUCUUGUGUCUCUACGAAUUUAAGGUAAAUUUUUCCCGAUGGAAAAUUGUAGUUUGUUUUUACCUGAGUUUUCGAUUGUAUUUUCUUUAUUUUUUUUCCACAGCGUAGUUGUUUUUAUUCCAAUUUUGUUACGGGUGUGAAUGGACUAUAUAAUUUCGAAAUUUCGUUUUUCCUUUUCGAAUUUCUUUUCUAUUUAUUAUUAGCUAAAAUAAUCACAAGAAAAAAACUGAAUUCGGUCUUGUUAUUUUCACUAGAUGUAUGAAUGGACUAUAAUUUCGAUUUGUUUUUUACGUACACUACUAAAAAUGAUUUGAUAUCAAAUAAAAUUUCGACAAAUAUGCAUAAAUAACUAUAAUUUUGUGUUUUAUUUUGUCGUAUGAAAGGACUAUAAUAUUAGACUUUUUAUUCAAAUAAGUAUGUAUAUCCUAAUUCUAUUUUGACGUAUGAAUGGACUAUAAUGUUGUUUUGUUCAAAGGCUGCUUAUUCUGUUUUAAUUUUGACGUACGAAUGGACUAUAAAAUUGUUUUUUGUUAAAAAAACGGCGCUUAUUCUGUUUAUAUUGUGACGUACGAACGGACUAUAAUGUUAUAUUUGUUCAAAGGCUGCUUAUUCUGUUGUUAUUUUGACGUACGAAUGGACUAUAAUGGUGUUUUUUCUUCAAUAAUCUGCAUAUUGUGUCUCUAUUUUCACGUAUGAACGGACUAUAAUGUUAUUUUUGUUCAAAAAACUACAUAUUGUGUCUCCAUUUUGACGUACGAAUGGACUAUAAUGUUUUUUAUUAAAAAACUGCGCUUAUUCUGUUGUUAUUUUGACGUACGAAUGGACUAUAAUGGUGUUUUUUCUUCAAUAAUCUGCAUAUUGUGUCUCUAUUUUCACGUAUGAACGGACUAUAAUGUUAUUUUUGUUCAAAAAACUGCAUAUUGUGUCUAUUUUGACGUACGAACGGACUAUAAUGUUAUUUUUGUUAAAAAAACUGCAUAUUGUGUAUCCAUUUUGACGUACGAAUGGACUAUAAUGGUGUUUUUUGUCAAAAAGAAAGUAUGGUUAUUCUGAUUUUAUUUUGGCGUAUGAACGGACUAUAUUAUUGGAUGUUUCUUAAUAAAAACCAAUUUUAAAAGAUUUGAUAUUGAAUGGAAUCUACAUGGUUUACAAGAAAGUGCGCUUAUGGUUAUCGGUACAUUUUGAGUGUGAACGGACUAUACUGUUUGAUUUUUUAUCGGUUAUAAGAACAAGUUUUGACAGAUUAGAUAUGAAAAGGAAUUUACGGGGACUACAAAGUGUAUUAAUUUUGAUUUAAUUUUCAUUAUGCAUGAACGGACUAUAAUUUUGGAUAUUUUUAUGAGAAGUUUAUUUAAAAUAUUUGGUAUGGAAUGGAACUUACAACUAUAAACUUUUGGGAAACUUUGAGAAACUAUCCUG